AUGAUUGAUUGCUCAAAGGCUAUGGCGACUUUCAUGAAGAAGUUCAAGAGGAAGCGGAGAGUGUCCACAGAGCUCCACUCUCGCUGGGGUGAUGUUUCUAUUACCUAUCCUACACAAGGGUCCUGGAACCAGUGGAAUCACCCUUCUGGUUACACCAAUAAAUCUGCAAGGACCUCUGAAGAAAAUCAACAAUAUCUCCCGGCUGGUCCAUUACGCCGGUCGAGUUCUGGCGCCUCGAGCAAACGAUCGCGAAGCAUAGGCACCCGAGAACACCAAGUGGGAGACCCUCCGCCAUUUCCCACUGGAUAUUUCGACCAAAACAUUCGGCGUCGCAACGGAGACUCGCACACACCGCCAUCUCAUACACCACCUGGUCAAGGACUUGGCCUUGGUGAUCUAAGCGGUGGGCCACAUCGCCGACCCCCAAGCUCUAUUAUCAAUGACGAAUGUACUACGGAUGAGUCUUGCGAUGAAGAAGAAGAGAAAGAAGAACGAGAUACUCUGGGCCCACGAAUUCAAUUAAGCCCUCGAGAAUACAGCAUGGGAGAUGUGUCUCACACACCACGCGACCUUCCCGAAGAUUUUGAUAUCCCAGCCAAGUCUCCUCCGCUCUCUGUGACCUCGCGCAUGCGCCGUUGCAGUUUACAAAGCUGUGCAACAGAACCCACAACAUCUAUAUCUGGUGGCAUCAACUCGAGACGAACGAGCUAUACCGCAGCUUCCUCUAUCUCUGCCCCCUCUAUGCCACCCUCCACACCUCGCGUUGCGUACACCCCGAAUUCACCUCCCCCAGAGAAAAGAUACCCUCCCCGUACAAACCGGGAACCUGAGGCUGCGUCUCAGGAAAUGGUACCUUCGUAUGAUGAGCUCUAUGGUUGA